AUGAACGCAAGUUUCUGGUCCGAGAUUGGUCGGUGGAAUAAUGUUCGUUAUACAAUUGAGACCGGUCUAUUGAUUGCCAAUCUCUUGGGUAGAGAAUUGGUCCUUCCCGGCUUCAGUUACGCAAGUGCAUGUGCCUAUGACAUUGAGGUUUGUGAAAAGUUGACGCCAAUGUAUAUCCGAGAUAAACCAGUGGAUCUCACAAAUGUCGUUAAUCGAUCCCAAUACCCCGACCCAGAUGAUGGAAAGACCUUUCUGCUUCCACCCCUUCAAGAACAAAACCCCACAGGAUGGGUAUUACCCCUUGAAUCUCAAUGGGAUUCCUGUCUGACUCACAGAGAGUUCCUCCAACUGACUGGAGCCAUCAAUGAAUCCCAUUAUCCAUCGUUUCUUGGGCAAUCAACAGGAAAGUGGUCUGUGAAUUACAACAAGGGUCUUUCUUAUCGAAAGGUUCCAAAUCAACUGUUUACCAACAUUAAUCGAACAAUGGUAGAUCGACUACCUGAUCCAGUAGCACCUCUGGGUAAUUCAACAUUCUCCUCAGUUCCUCCUUCCGUACUUGAAAAAUGUCGAAUUACUUUGCAAAAAGUUCAACGUUCAGAACCAGUAAGACCACACAAAAAACGUGUGGUGAUAACCUAUCAGGAUCACAAUACUUUCCCUUCAUGGAAUGAUGAUCUCAUCAAUAAUGACCAGAUGAGCGGGGACCUUUCUAUCCGUGACCAUGAUUUUCUAGAGCGUUGUUUGGCUUCAGGUGGGUAUCGCACUGCCUAUGGAUACACUCUUUUAGGGUACUGGAUGAAGGCUCCGUAUGACCCUACUAAAUAUAUCCGUAAAGUCCAGGAUUUAACGGGAUGGUGGGACGAGCUCAAUGAUAUCGAAGAAAACAUUUUACAUAUCGAAGGUGAAAUUCAUAAUGGAUUUCCACCUGGAUCAAUGCUCUGGACCAGUCUUGCAGGUCGUCAGAAUUACGAAAAUCUAGUAAGAACAGCCAUCAAGGCACCAGAUGUGUAUGAUCGAAUGGCUUCAAAGUUAGAAAGGAAGAUGCGUGAACGAUGUGAAGGUCGAAGUUGGCGAUCUACUCACAUGAGAAGGGGUGAUUUUGUGAACUACGGAUGGGCCAUCUCUGACAUUGGGGAACAUUAUGCACUGAUGCAAAAGCGUUUGAAUGCCUCUCUGGCUACUUUGGAAGCCUCACCUGCACUUCUGAUAUCGGCUCACAAAGCCUACGGCACGAGCCGUCAGGUGCCAAAGCUCGAAGAUCCUAUCUAUCUCGCUACGAAUGCUAAAGGACCAGAGCUUGAUUUUCUCAGGAAGCAAAAUGUGAUCCUAUUGAAUGAUUUACUAGAUGAUUCAGAUCGAAUCGAACUUAGUUUUAGUUCUCAUUUUCAAGACACAUUAGCUAUCCUGGAACAAUGUUUGAUGAUGCGUUCAGCUAUCUUUAUUGGUGAUUAUGAAUAUAUGUAA